GAUGGAGGGAAGAACCAGCAGCAACGUUCUCUGGGUGGUGGAUGAAAAGGUGAAGGGCAAGGACUCUGGUAUGGAAAGCCGCCGGCCUUCUCCCGGGUCGCCCGUUGAGGAGGCAUCUGAGGAAGGACAUUCCCGCCUUCUGCCCCCAUCGCUAGAGAAGGCGCCUUUCCUGCCCUUUUGUUCACCUCACGACACCUUACGUGUGAGGGAGGGCGGACAGGCAGGCGGCUGCUUCAACCACCGGCGUUGCCGCGGUUCUCCAGCCCAGAUGACAGGGCGGGCGGCUUGUUUGGUUUCCCUCCGGGCUGUGGAGGAGGAGGAGGAGGAAGAGGCAGAAGGCGUCGGACUCUCUUCCUCCGUCCUGCUCCCUCUGGGGACCGAGAGCCGGCGGUGAAGGCGGCGUGCCUCGGCCCCUUUAAGGCUCCGGCUGGCGUAACGCGAUCCCGCAGUGAAUGCCUGUCACUGCCGCCGCAGUAGCAACAGCAGCGGCCGCCUCCGCCGGAGAGAAGCCGCUCCGUGUGGGCGUGAGGGGCUCUUCCCGCCGCCGUUGCAGGGGGUUGGCCGCGAAGGAUGGGCGGAGGGACCGGCGAGCGGCGGCCGCGGCGAGCCUUCCUCAGGUUGAAGAAUGAUGGCUGACUUCAGUAAACUCAAUGUGGGUGUUGCCGUCAGCAGUUUUGCUAUAUUUCAAGUUUGUUUCCACUCACUAAGUUCUUGGAUUUCUGAACGUGUAACAUCUGGUUUUAUUAAUCUUGAUGAAAAGAAGAAGACUGAAUGGAAUUCAAGGACAGUAUCUACGUUCCAUGCCUUGGUGGUGGUUGCAUUUUGUUUGUAUAUUUUAUUAUAUGAUGAAGCUGUCAAUGCUGACCAUGUUUGGGGUGAUGCUUCUACAGUGCAACUAAAUCUUGCUAUUACAUCAGGCUACCUCAUUUCAGACCUGUUGCUUAUUAUUUUCUAUUGGAAGGCAAUUGGGGAUAUAUAUUAUGUAAUACACCACUUCGUAGCUCUUUAUGCAUACUACUUUGUACUGGAUAGAGGCUUGUUAGCAUAUUUUGCUAAUUUCCGUCUGCUUGCAGAAUUUUCUACCCCUUUUGUAAAUCAGCGGUGGUUCUUUGAAGCACUGGGAUACUCCAAGGCCUCCAAGGCCAACAUCAUCAACGGAAUACUUAUGACAAUCGCAUUCUUCCUAGCAAGGAUCAUAGUCAUCCCCAUUUAUUAUGCCGAUGUUGCUUCAGAAUUGGGAACCGAAGCUUUCUACAGAUUAGGAUUAGCAGCUCAAAGCGCCUGGUUUAUCUCCAGCAUUGUACUGGAUAUCAUGAACUUAAUGUGGAUGGUCAAAAUAACAAAGGGAUGUUACAAAGUUAUUUGUCUUAUUGGGCAAGGAGAAGCCAAAACUCUUAAGAAUGGCAAAUCUGACUAGAAGAUAUAAAUAUGUAUUUCUCUAUCUUUAAAAGCACCUUUGGGUUCUUCAAAGGAAUAAUGCACACUUUUGCCAUGAGAAAAGCUCCUCUUAAGGGAACAAGGUAUUACCUCUGUGAAAUUUAGCCCUCCCCUUGACCCACCGCCUGGGUACCCAGCACCACUUCUUUUGAAGACUUGUAUUUUACAGAAUGGAAAACAAUAACAUGCUGCAUACGACAACUUUUGCAGUCUGCUCUAAGCACUUAGUAGACAAAUGAACUUGUAAAGAAACAAACUCUUCUAGCACGAUAUUUCUAGGAAUUUUCACUCAGGUUUCUUAGACUGAUGAAUUUUUAAUGCCUGUGGUUGUCAGGAUUUUUGGUUUACGUUCUGCUAAUAAGGCAGCUUUCCUGGCAUGUUCCUCUGCUUUUGUAACGUUUGCUGUUCGUAACUGAGACUUCAUCUUUGGUCAACUUUUUUACAUUUUUGCAAGUAUUUUACUUUAAAUCUAUACUCUUUUACUGCAUUUUCCGCUGCCUUACAUGCAUGCACAUGACCUUUUGGAAUUAACAUAAACAUAAAAUGUUAUGUAAGCCUAUACAUUAGAGUUUGGAAUUUUCUUUUUCCUAUUAAUUUGGUUGACUUGCUGUAUAUAGAAGAUCUCUAGAGCUGUUUUCAAUAUUAUACAAGUAUCUGGAUUCUAAUACAUGUCAGCAUGGUAAACUGUAUGGAGAUAAGCAAAUUCUCGCACCAGUUUUUCUUCCCUGUCACACUUACAUGUUUUUAGCACAGCAUCAUAUAGUCAAGAAUUUUUCUAUGGAGUGUAAACUACUGGAAGAGACAUUCAUGGUUUUGGAAUAUAUGGUUUAUCAUAGGAAAAAGUGUGCUUAAGAAAAAUGUAACCUGUUACUAAUCAGCUCAUUGUCAUUCUCUCUCUCUCUCUCUCUCUCUCUCUCUCUCUCUUUUUCUUUCUUUCUCUCCCUCUCCCUCUCUCUCUCUCAAGCUGACGUGGGGGCACAUUGCUUCACCUAACAGAAAAAAACUGUUUUUGAAUAUCUAUACAUGCAUUUCCUUUUAAUUUCAAAAUUCUAUAAAAGUGAAGUCUCCAUCAUUAGGUUUCCAUCAUGAGAGAAAAGUUUCAGUCAUUCAGUACGAGAUAGAUAUUUGUGAAAGCAUUUUGACAAUGAGUGCUUAAGGUUGUACUGUAUCAAUGUUAUAGUAACACUAUAGUACUGUACUAUAAUAUAGUGUAGUAUCCUGAUAAUGGCUGUGCUAGCAAGAUUGUUGCAAAUAGUCCCCAGUCAUAAAAGUUUGUGCAAGAGCAGAGCUGCAGGGUCAACAUGGGUUGUAGUGGUAGAAGCUUUCUGCUGGCAGAACAGCGUCACUGGAUACAAGUCCUAAGUAUGUACAAGGGAGACGUUUGUAAGAAUAACAGAACUGAAAAUCUACUUGUUUACAUUAGUUUUACAUGUUAUUUACUGCAAUGCUAUUGCUUCCGGUUUAUUUAUAGCAAACUAUAUUUAUUCUUGAAUUGUGUUUAUCAAUACUCAAAUAUUCACCAAAUGUGUUGGUGUCUUAAUAUUUUAAAUACCAUGUGUCAUAAUUUAUUGCUAAUGUUGUUAAUGUCUUCACAUUGGGUCCUUUUGGGGAGAAAGGCAGAAUACAUAUUUUAAAUAAAUAAAUAAACAAAUUCAAAUAUUUGUGAUGAAAAUAUGCAGGAACAUUACAGGAAAUAAGGUAUUUUCCUGUAUUUUGUCUACAUCCAAUUUCAUGUUUCCAAUGUGUGAUUAAUUCUUUCUCUUGCUUCUUAGCAAAGCCUCAUGAAAUAUUUUAUGAGUCCAUUCAUCUUCUGCUACAUGUGCCUGUGGCUACUGGAUAAUAUGGAUUUUUAGAAGUUACUACGUACUCUUGUAGUAAGGAUAGUGCUACAUGCCAUUAUUCCUCUCUCUUGGAACCUUUUUCUUGUACUGUAUUUCUUUAUAGCUUGCUGAAUGUUAUAAAACCCACAAGGUUUUAGUGACUCCUAUCAAAUCUUUUAAAUUAUAUAUCGUUGUCAUUACAAUUAAGACAACUCAGUUCUGCUCUUUACAUUAGUAUUACGAUAUCUUGUAUGUUCAUGUAAAUACGUAGGUCCUGUUCAGACAUGCAUGUUUCUCCUUUGGCAGAAGCAUUAAUUAUUGUAAUGAAUGUGCAAAAGAGCAUAUUUCAAAGUCCACAGACGAUGUGUUUUGUAACACCCCAAACAAAAUGUUUCUCAAUGGUGGCACUUCACACAUUUAGCUAUGAGUUGUUAAGCAAUGAGAGAUCAAGUGAUGUACAUGGAUUUAUCCACCAACUCAUAUUUAGAGGUUUUUUUUAAAGUGAACCUUUUAUUUCUUGCUGGAUUUUUCCUUCUAGGUAGAAAACACACCCAACAAACACAGGUUUGGGUGCUGCUUCAUCUACUUUCUGAUUGUAAAGUGCCUUCUUUCAACUUAACAUUUGUUAUCUACGUAUUAGCUACUUUGAGUUCCUCAUUGGAACAAAGUUGAACAUUCUGUUGAUGUUAACUACUUGAAUUUUAAAAACACACAUUUAUAAUAAUGAUCUAGUAUUACUGACCAAUCCAGAAAAAAAUAUUGUUACCAAGGCAUAGUAAUGAAAGUAAAUCUAAAUGCUCUUCUAGUUUCUGUUUAGGAAAAAAAAUACUGUCUUAUCCUUAAUUUAUUCUACUGGUUUAGUAUCUGUUUAGCCUUGGAGUAGUACAGGAAUCAGUGGUAGUUUGAAAUGUUAUUUUUAAAAGAUAAUUAGUUUUAAAGUUUCACUCUAGUAGUUACUUACUGUUAUAGUUACAAUGUUAAACUAAUUCUUUACUUUCUAAUUGUUCUACAGCAAGUAAAAUGUUAGUAACUUUUUUGAAAACACCAGAAAAUGGCAGGUCCCUGGAGAUAUAGAACACACUUAAGUAGCAAGGCUACAUAUUGCCUAUAAUGAAAUCAUUUAGAGAUUACAGUGAAGCCUGGAGUUCCCCCUUGGUUCGUCAAAAUUGUAAUGUAACGCAUUUAUCCCCAAAAAGAAUGAUUUGCAAGAGCUAGUUAUUUCCAGCUUCUGCCUAACUCAUGAUUUUUGAUACAUUCUUUUAAGCAGCCAGUCAAUGUUGCAAAUCAGAUUUGCAUUGUUUCCAUUGCUCUCAUGCAGACUGACAUCUCUGCAGUGCUAUAGCCACCUACAAAUGAAUUGAUGAGACUGCUAGAUAUCCCUCUUUGUUCUGGAACUGAGGAAAUGGCCCAUUUGCAAGUUGAAAGUAAAGUUGUGGUUUAUAAGAAAGUUGCAGGAUAAGUUAUUUUGAACAGUCAGAAUGUACAUACACAUAUAUAGCAUCUGAGUGAUCUGACUAGACUUACCUAGUGGAUAGGUCAGCUCUAACCAAGUGCGUUUUUUAUUUUUUGGAUAGGGAAGGAAAUUGCACUGUUAGCCCUUUUAGCAUGCUGCUUUUUACAUACUUUUUGCAUAUGUUGCAAAUAAAAAUAUCCUUGCACUCAGCUGGAGCAUGACAAUAAUGUUUUAAAAUUUGAAAAUACUAAAUCCUUGAAAAUAUUUCAGAAACAUUUUUUGCAAUGAUUCUUUAUAAAGCAGUGUAUUGUACCCAAAUAAUGAUUGGGAUUCAAAGAGUUUCUUCAGCAGUGCUAAGUGUCCCCAUUUCACUCUGGACUACACUGUGAAACUUUGACUUCUGAAAGAAGAAAGCUUUGAAAAUCUCCACAGAGGUCUUCACAACUUGGUCCUGUCAUUUAGAAAAUGCAGUUUAGUUUUCAAAUAUUGGAAAUACGGAAUUCUCUCAUAUGUGGAGUAGACUGGCAACUACUAUGUACUAUGGAGGUCUAUCAAAGUGAUCUGUGGCCAGAAUCUUACUGGUGGUUUGCAUCACUUGCUGUGGCUAAUUAUGCCUAAUUGAUGUCCUGGGUCACAAUUUGGUCAUGUUCCUGGUCAACCAAGAUCAGGACAGUUCAACCAAGAUGUCCUUGGUAGCUUGUCAGUUGGCUGUAGCAAAUUAUGCUAAACUUGUGUGAUCACUAACAGGAUUCUAGCCUGUCUCCUAUUUCCCCCAUUUUAUUUUUAUGGGGUAGAAAAUGUGAUUAUUACUGUUGUUAUUAAUUAAGUCUUGGACAUUAAAUUAGCAUUAAGGAACAGUACAUUGCCAAGGUUUGCUUAUGCAUGCUUUCUGUUCCAUUAAAGUUGCAAUUCUAUAAUGAGUAAGUCCUGAUGAACUCAGUGAAAGUUACCUCUACUUGGAAGUGUAUAGGAUCACACAGAUAUUUCUGAUUUGUGCUGCUUUACAUAUUUUAAAAUUUAAAACGGCUUUAUUUUGGAACAGUAUAGCAUGUACAUUAUAACAGCUUUUCCCUGAAAGUAUAAGGAAAGAAAUAAUUGUAUUUAUUUUAUUUCAUUUAAAAACAAUUGCUUUUUUUCAAUUUCAGUUCUUCUAAAUAUAUGAGGUAAAGCAUGAAGGAGUAAGGGCAGGGAGGCACUGAGCACUUCCUAGAAGUAGCUGUAAUUUAUAUUCUGUAAUGUUGUCUUUCUCCCCUAAUUUUGAGAGAUGUACUUCAGAUGUAAUAUGCUUUCAACGCUGUCAUAUACAAUUCAAUAAACUUUGCAUCAGUAAUAGUAGUAGAGAGGUGUGAUCACAUGGGCACACAGCUUACAUUUUGGACUGCUUACGACACAGUCCAGGUGCAAGCUAUUUCCUGAGCAAUUACACAAUGUACAGACAUUUCUGCCCUAGCUCAACCGAAAGCCAUGCCCAAGCUGAGUCUUUCUGGCCUAUCAGUGAGGCUACUACUUUUGGGGGCAAGGAUGGAGUGAUUCCCUGAUGGAAGAAAGGGUUGCUCAAAGGGAGGUUGCUCCCAGCGAAGCGAUCCUUUUUGGUGUGAUUAGGUGCACACCUUUCUUACUGCCUGAUUGCACCCCUCUGUCAGGGAUGGCCAAGGGUGACCACUGGACUGUAUAUGAGCCGUGACAUGGUGUCUGUAAAAAAGAUUUAUUUGUAUCUAAUCAGGCUCUAAGUCAAGGAAAAAGUGGCACAAAGAUUUUUUAAAAGGCAGAUUUAAUAAGGGCAGUUAUCUCUUUUAAACUUUCAUUCAUUUCUUUUUUGCUGUAAGAUCUUGUGGGUAGUAUGUGCACCCAUGGGAUAUUUCCUGUAUACUCCAAUAUGCUGAGAUUAUAGCCAGAAAUAUUCUGUCACCUCUGUGUAAUUUGAGAGGGAGGAGUCUGAUUUUAAAACAUGGCUUUAUAGGGGGCACAGGUUUCCAUUAGCCUGCUUAAUGGCUUAGUAACAUUUCUAACUGGGUUUGCAGAAGUUUAAUAGAGGACAUUAUACGCGGUGGCCUAAAGUAUAUGGGAACUUAGAUUGUUUGAACUCUUUGAAAUCUGUAUUUCCUUUGUUAAAGGAUGUUGUUAUAAGUCAAAAAGAGGGAAGAGUUCAAACCACACAUCUCCUUAUUUUCGGAGAAGAACUAGUAUUAGAGAGGGAACCAAUGUAUCCUGCUGUUUUUUGAGACAAUAAUUACCAGUUGAGAAGCCAGUUAAGAUUGGUGUGAGUAUCUGCUGAGAAGAAGAAAUCAUGAAUCAGCUACUGUAGGGAAUAAGCAAUAUACAGCAACCUAUGCCCCAUUAAACUGCUGAGGAGAGAAUGGGAAACAUUCAUUUUAUGACCUUCCUUCAGUUAUCAUACCUUAAGAGUGAAAGUUCAGUGUAUAGCUUCACAAUCAAAUAACAAGAGAUUCCACUGCACUUCACUACUAACUCAUUCUGAUGCUGUUUCCCCAAAUAUCUAAUAAAAUACCAGUAAGUACAUUAAUAUAAUGAUGGUGUCCAGAAGAAAAUUGGAAUCAUUGCCAUGAUCCAAAGAGCUGCAGAAAUAAUGAUAUGUGUCCAAUGCAAGAUAGCUUCAUGUGUUGUGUGUUUCACACCAAUGGGAGAUUCUCUUGACCCCCUGGCAGCUAGCUGCUGUGCCAGGAGGGCAGCGGUCUUUAUCAGGAUCAUUGUAGGAGAGAUUAUUUAAGCUCUACUUUCCACAUAUUACAGUUUCAGCAAUCAGUCUAGGCACAACAACACAUUUCAUACGUACUAGCUCAAAUCCUUUUGCAUAGCUAUGCAAAUGGUAGAACUUUUGGAGGCAAUUGCACCAACUUAAGAAAUCACUGUCGACAUUGUCAGUUGCAUGCUCAGUCACAGAAUUCAGUCUGCAACUGAUAAUGGCCAAAAUUCUGUUGCACAAUUAUACAUACACAAUUUAAGGUUGCACCCGCAGAGGUUGUGCAAUGUCUGAGGUGGAAGUAUGAUCCCCUAAAUGCUUCCACCAAUGCAUUGCUUAAUUGGUUGUGCUGGGAUGUGCAAUUGAUUGCAAAGUGUAUGGCAUAAACCUUUAUUGCCAAGGAUAACGUGCAGCACUUUUACAGUGGCAUAACUGCAUUAUUCUGGCACUAAUGGAGUACUGGCCAAUGUCUACAGUGAUUUCUUAACUUGGGAGCAAUUUGUCUCCAAAAGUUACACUAUUUCUGCUCCUCCAGCAUAACAAGGUAAGAGGAUUUGGGUCUAUGUAUACUUUGGACCUUAAACAGACCCUCUUCCCUGACAGCAAUCCUUGCUGGUGUCUGAAGUAGUUUUUUUAAAAUGUACUGACUUGAAAACCUUUUGAAAUCUAUAGUAAAACAAUCCAAACUAACUGCUGAAUUUAUUUUUAAAAUACUAUUACUACUGCUUUCCUGUUUGUAACUGAAUGUGUUCAUAAUUUUAGUUCAGACACACAUGACUUUAUUCAUUUUAAAGUUUCCUCCAGCAGCUUGUUUAAGGUGACACAUUCAGCAGGCAGUACUCUUCUGCAUCAGUUUUUUUAAAUGGAUUUUCUCUCUGUUAACAAAAGUAAAGUAAGUGCAAUGGGAUGCACGGCUGACUCAUGCAUUCUUGUGGAAAGCAGGCACAAAAGAAUCGAAGACACGAGGCCUUACUAAAUCAUAGCACAAAGUUUAAUAAAGGCAGCACCGAAAGUCCAUUACAGGAUGGAAGAAAGAUGACAACUGUGAAUGAUGCCAAACUCUAUUGAAAUCCUACAACAGCACUGAUUAGGUUGUUCCCAAACAAUAAUGACACAAGAGACUGAGACAGCACUCUUGACUCUGAGAGUGGGUGAAUGAUGUUUAUACUUUAACAAGAUCUUCAUGUCUGCUUGAGUAUUCUUUAAUGUUGCUUGGCAUAUAUACGAGUUUGCACUUCACUGGUAUUUGAAAGCCUUUGCUCUUUGUAUAAGUUUCUGUAGGCUGAUCUUGUUUGAGGUAUAUACAAUAAUGUCUAAGCAAUAAGUUGCAUGUAUUUUCAAGACACUGGUAAAUAAGAAUAAAG